AUGGCUUCGGUGCCGGCAGCUGCUUCCAAGCUGUCUGCAACCCAUGGAGCACUCACAUUUGAGCUCAUAGCUCGGUGUUCGACCACCCGCGCCCGCGCCUCCAUACUCACUCUUCCCCAUGGCCCCGUCAACCUCCCCAUCUUCAUGCCGGUGGCCACCCAGGCUUCCCUCAAGGGCCUGACACCCCAGCAGCUUGAGGACACGAGCUGCCGGCUGUGCCUGAACAACACAUAUCACCUUGGGCUUAAGCCGGGCCAGGCGGUCCUCGACGCCGUCGGCGGCGCCCACAAGCUGCAGGGAUGGCGACAUAACCUCCUGACCGACAGCGGCGGCUUCCAGAUGGUGUCGCUACUCAAGCUGGCCACCAUCACCGAGGAAGGUGUGCGCUUCCUGAGCCCGCACGACGGCAGCCCCAUGCUGCUGACCCCGGAGCACUCGAUGUCUCUGCAGAACAGCAUCGGGUCCGACAUCAUGAUGCAGCUCGACGAUGUCCUGGUCACUACGUCUCCCGACGCGGCCCGAAUGCGCGAGGCAAUGGAGCGCAGCGUCCGCUGGCUCGACCGCUGCAUAGCCGCUCACAAAAACCCCGAGACGCAGAACCUCUUUUGCAUCAUCCAGGGCGGACUCGAUCUCGACAUGCGGCGCGAGUGCACCGCCGAGAUGCUCCGGCGCGACACGCCCGGCAUUGCUAUCGGCGGCCUGAGUGGCGGCGAGGCCAAGGAGGACUACUGCCGGGUCGUGGCGACGUGCACGGAGCUCCUCCCAGACCUCAAGCCGCGGUACGUCAUGGGCAUCGGCUACCCGGAGGACCUGGUGGUCAGCGUGGCGCUGGGGGCCGACAUGUUUGACUGCGUGUGGCCUACGCGCACCGCCCGCUUCGGCAACGCCGUCACGCGCCACGGCGUCCUCAACAUGAGGAACAAGCAGUUCGCCGACGACUUUGGCCCCGUCGAGGACGGCUGCGGGUGCGUGUGCUGCCGUCCCGUGCCCGAGGGCGGCACCGGCGUCACGCGUGCCCUUGUGCACCACAAUGCCGCCAAGGAGACCGUCUCGGCUCACAUCCUGACCAUUCACAACGUGUGGUACCAACUCAAUCUGAUGCGUGAGAUCAGGGAGUCCAUCAUCGCGGACAGAUUUCCCGACAUGGUCAAGAAGUUCUUUGCCGAUCUUUAUCCUGACAGGGAUGAUUAUCCUUCGUGGGCCGUUAAUGCCCUAAAGGGUGUGAAUAUAGACCUCAGCAAAGACUAG